AUGGCGGAAGCUCCCAAACCCAGCAGCAGCGUCAAGCUGGUGCUCCUCGGUGAAGCCGCAGUCGGAAAGUCAUCCCUCGUCUUGCGAUUCGUCAACAACGACUUCCAAGAGAACAAGGAGCCGACUAUUGGUGCGGCGUUCCUGACGCAAAAGUGCAACCUGCCCACCCGAACCAUCAAGUUUGAGAUUUGGGAUACCGCUGGUCAAGAGCGAUUUGCCUCUCUGGCGCCCAUGUACUACAGAAACGCCCAGGCCGCCCUUGUCGUCUACGACAUCACCAAGCCCACAUCCCUCGUCAAGGCCAGACACUGGGUCGCCGAGCUCCAACGACAAGCCUCGCCCGGCAUCGUCAUCGCCUUGGUAGGAAACAAGCUAGAUUUGGCUGGCGAAUCGAACGUGUCAACAGAAGAAGCCCAGUCGUAUGCUGAAGAGGAGAGCCUGUUAUUUUUCGAGACGAGUGCAAAGACGGGCCACAACGUUACCGAAGUCUUCACAGCCAUUGCAAAUGCGAUCCCCGAGACGUCUCUCAAGAGUGCUAGGGGAGCCGGCGCAGCGGGCACAGCCAACAGGGCUGGAGAUGAGCAAAGGGUGAACCUAUCAGGACCAAGGGAUGCCGGAGCAAAGGAUGGAUGUGCCUGUUAG